CGCGACCGCGGAUCUUCCGGUUGCCCACCAGGCGCCUAAGAUGGCCGCCGCGCCCGCGGCCCGCCCGUGAAGGCCGGCGAGGCGCCCCCGGGGAGGCAUGGAGCCGCCUCCCAUCCCGGCCGCCGCCGCCGCCAGCCCCGAGCGCCUCUUCGACUCCCACCGGCUGCCGAGCGACGGGCCGCUGCCGCUGCUGCUGGCACUGCUGCUCUACGCGCCGGUGGGGCUGUGCCUGCUGCUGGUGCGGCUCUUCGUGGGGCUGCACGUCUUCCUGGUCAGCUGCGCGCUCCCGGACGGCGCCCCGCGCAGGUUCCUGGUGCGCGCCAUGUGCUCCGUGCUGGGUCUCUUCGUGUGGCAGAGCCGCCCGCGCAGCGCCCGCGCCCGCGUCCUGGUGGCCAACCACGUCACGCCCUUCGACCACAACGUCCUGGGCCUGCUGGCCUCCUGCAGCGCGGUGAGCGGGGCCCCGGGACUGGGAUGGGCGGGGGCUGCGGUGGGGAUGGGCAUCCCCGCAGCCUUGACCGCUCCGCGCCCGUCUCCCCCGCAGCCCGUGCUGAACGGCGGCGCCGGUUUCGUCUGCUGGUCCCGCGGGUUCCUGGAGGUGGCCGGGGCCGAGAGCCGCGCGGAACUUCUAGAGUCGCUGAAGGGCUACUGCUCGCAGGGCGGCAACCCACCGCUGCUGCUCUUCCCCGAGGAGGCGACCACCAACGGCCGGGUGGGCCUGCUGCGUUUCAGCUCCUGGCCCUUCUCCAUUGUGGAUGCGGUGCAGCCGUUGGCUCUGCGGGUCUGGAGGCCCUUCGUGGCUGUGAGUGUGGCUGGCGCUUCCUGGGUCACUGAGCUGCUCUGGACUUUGUUCGUUCCUGUCACCAUUUAUCAAGUAAGGUGGCUGCCUUCUGUGUACAGACAAGCUGAGGAGACCCAGGAAGAGUUUGCCCUGCGAGUUCAAGAGCUUCUAGCUCUGGAGCUGGGCGUGGUGUCUACAUGCCUCACAGCCGCUGACAAAGCAGAGCACCUGAAGCGUCUCCGCCACCACCCUACAGCUUCCCGUCCUCCCCCACAGCCAAGCCAGCCCUCUGGGGGUCGGCCUCAAGUCUCUCGCAGCAUGGCCUCCACAGAGGAUGUACAAUUGAUAGGCAUGGCCCGGCGCGUCCGAGAAGUUCUACCCCAGGUGCCCAUGGCAGCUAUCCGCAAGGACCUAGCUCAGACGAACUGCGUGGACACCACAAUUGCCAAUCUUUUGGAGGGGCGGGUUCCCUUCGUACCAGAGGCAGAGACCGAAGGCUUUGUGGCUGCAGCUCCCUCUUUCUAUGGUGCUCAGGAUCCUUCCACCUCCCGAAUGUCCCCGGCAUCGGGGAAGGUCUUUGCCAGAUCUGCAGAAGCCAGACAGCUCUCUCUCCAGGAACGAAAGCAAGCGCUCUGGGACUAUGCCAGAAGGAAAUACACAGAGAAAUAUGGAAUAGCCCACGUGGAGGGGAGCUGCUGACCAGCACACGUCUUAGCUUGAACUCAUGGUUCAGUUGACAAUGAUCUUUGUGGGGAUCACUGCUGUCCUGGGGUGACCGAGAUGGUGGCUCUUGACAAGUAUUGUGUGUGCCAUCCAUGGGCUGCCUCUGCAGGUGGGGAGGCUGCAGCUCCAGCCAAGCACAGGCUGUCAGCGUUCCUGUGUUUCCCACCGCCACACCUGGACCUAGCAUUGUCAGGCCCAAGAGUCUGCCCGGGAGGGGGGGGUGUCUUUAACUAUCAAAAUAAACAUGACUCUUAAUGCUCA